AUGGAGUGGAUUCUUUCUCUGUGCUGUGGAGUAACGAGAAAGAAGUAUAUUGUCGCGCUACUGGGGCGCCAGGAGGACCAGAGGCACGUUUUGAAGCACUCUGUCUCUGGAUACAAGGAGGACAAAUCACUCCGGCCCUUUUCUGAAGAUACCUGCAUUGCGAAUGGGAUGGAGCUGAUUUUCCAGUCAUUGGAUGACAAUGCAGACCUGUAUGAAAUAAGAGGGAUCCAUACAAGCCUCGCAGCUGCGGUGGUCUUUGCUGUGAAUGCGGAUAACAAGGCCUCUGUCGAGAGAUGCAUUGCACUCAUCAACGAGGAUGCAAUAAAGACGAGGGACACCAUUGUUGUUCUGUGCAGAUCGGAUAUCUACGGAAGUGAGGCUGUUCAGGAGCUCAAGAGGACCUGUGACGAAAUAGCUCACGGGAAAAUUGAGUUUAUUCUCUACGAGGAGUCGAAGGCGUUCCUGGGCGUUCACAAGGGAAUAAACUGGAUAUGCAAUCGUCUGGAAGAGUAA